AUGGAACUGAAUACAAAUUUGACGGAAGCUGCACCGAUGAAAACAAAUAUCGAGCGAUUCAUUGGAGUUCUCGAUAUUUUUGGAUUCGAAACAUUUGAUGUCACUUCAUUUGAGCAGUUGCAAUUAUGCAAAUGAAAAGCUGCAGCAAUAAAGGAACAAGAAGAAUAAGUGAGAGAAGAAAUUGAUUGGGUUCGGGUCAAUUUCAAUGAUAAUCAAGCGGCUAUUGAUUUAAUUGAAGGACCAAUCGGAUUAAUUAUUGAUGUCUUUUGGAUGAGCAAUGCAAACGAUUAAAUGGAAACAAUAUUGAUUGGCUCAGUCAAUUGAAUAAUAAUGCGGAAUUGAAAAUAAAUCCACAAUUGACAUUUCCACGAGUUCGAUGCAAUGAUUUUAAUGUUCUCCAUUACGCCGCUGAUGUCACUUAUUCAAUCGAUGGAUUUGUGGAGAAAAACUAUGAUGCGAUUGGUGAACAAUCAUUGGAUGUCAUCGCAUCGACCCAAUUUGAAUUCAUGCGGAACGUUGUUGAAAGCGAGAGAAUAAUUCCGCCAACAAAUGGAUCACCAACAUUGAAAAGAGGUGGAAAACGAACAGUUUCCAGUCAAUUUAGAGAUUCGCUGAAAGAAUUGAUGAAUGUAUUAUGCUCAACAAGACCUCAUUAAGUGCGCUGUAUCAAGCCGAAUUAUGGUAAAACAAGGUGAUUUUGUUUUUUUUAAAGCAACACCCUUUUUUCUCAACAUAUUUUUAAAUAACUUGUUCGAUUUUCCAAAUCUUCCCAUUCCGUUUUAUCUACAGAAAACGCCGCCAAACAAUGUUGCACAAUCACCAUCUUCUUCAGCUGCACCUUCAGCUCCAACAUCGUCAUCGUCAACAUCGUCAACAACUCAACAACCGUGAGUUUUUUUGCUUUUGUGAAAAUUGACCGAAAAUCUGAAAUUUUGCUGAAAAUUGUGGAUUUCGACCUAACAGCUUUUUAUUUGAGUAUUCGUCAAAGUUUCAAACUCAAAAAUUGAAAAUUUGACGAAUUUUUGAUCUAGAAGCUGAGAUUUGAAAUAUUUCCCCAGGAAUUUGACAGAAAACCGUAAAUUCUGAUUUUCAUGAUUUUUUAUUUUUCUUGAAGUUAGAAUGGAGUUUUUUAUAUUAAUUCAAAAAUUUAGUCAAACUUCGAAAAUUUUGAAAAAAAUGAUUUUCAGUCGGAAAUCUUUGACAAUUAUCAAUUUCUAACCAACAUUAAACGCUGAAUAUCAGUCCGUUCAGAAAUCUGUAACUAAAAAUUCGUCCUUUCUGAAGUUUAAACUGUAACUUCAGGUUCUGAAAGUAUUAAUGUUAUGAAGAUUUUUUGCCAAAACUUUAUGAAAAUGGGCUUUGUCUGCUCCUUAAAAGCCCCAAAGCCGAAAUUUCUUCAUUUCCAGAGUCGAAUCAUUUGGCUUUGGAAAUUUUGGAAUAUUCAUCGAAGAAUUUAUGGAGUUAAACGCAGAAGACAAAACAGAUUUAACUGAAAAAAUAAGAAAAUUGAUUGUGAUCGGGUCACACAAGGAGAAUGUCGAUAAGAAAAAUAAAGGAGUUCCACGAGAAGCAACACAAAUUCUAAAGGCGUGAGUUGUUUUUAAUGAAUUUCUUUUUUACCCGACCUAUGCUCAAAUCAAAUAUGCAUUAUAAUUUUUGCAGAAUUCUUGAAAUUGUUCGAAAAAUGGAAAAUUUCACCAGGAAAAGAAUGGUUAAAUGUGUCUGCUUUGCUUAUGGAUGUUCCCCGAGAACAGCAUACAGACACGUUUAA